AUGGUUCAUACUCGGCUCCUGGCAGAAGUCAAGGGCUGGCUCCGGAUCCGCAGCCUCCUGGCCCGACAGUGCCUGGCAGAGUUUCUGGGUGUGUUUGUGCUCAUGCUCAUCACCCAGGGGGCUGUGGCCCAGGCUGUCACCAGUGAGGAAACCAAAGGCAACUUCUUCACCAUGUUUCUGGCUGGCUCUUUGGCUGUGAUGGUGGCCAUCUACGUGGGUGGUAAUGUCUCAGGGGCUCACCUGAAUCCAGCCUUCUCCCUGGCCAUGUGCCUCCUGGGACGCCUCCCCUGGGCCAAGCUCCCCAUUUACUCCUCGGUGCAGACACUGUCUGCUUUCUGCGCCUCUGGAGCCACUUACGCUCUCUACUAUGACGCCCUACAGAACUAUACGGGUGGCAACCUGACGGUGACUGGCCCCAAGGAGACAGCUUCCAUCUUUGCCACCUACCCUGCUCCCUACCUGUCCCUGAACAAUGGCUUCUUGGAUCAGGUUCUGGGAACUGCGGUCCUGAUUGUGGGGAUCUUGGCCAUCCUGGACACACGGAACAAGGGAGUGCCUGCAGGUCUGGAGCCCGUGGCAGUGGGGCUUUUGAUCCUGGCCAUUGGGCUAUCCAUGGGUGCCAACUGUGGAUACCCACUCAACCCUGCCCGGGACCUGGGCCCACGGAUUUUCACCUACGUGGCUGGCUGGGGCCCUGAAGUCUUCAGGGCUGGUAAUGGCUGGUGGUGGGUGCCUGUGGUGGCCCCUAUGGUGGGGGCCACCCUUGGCACAGCCACUUACCAACUUCUGGUGGCUCUGCACCACCCUGAGGAUUCGGAGCCAGCUCAGGAUCUAGUACUUGCCCAAUAUAAAGACUUGGAAACUCCUGCCUCAACUCAGAUGCCACAGCAGUCCUACCUCCCUCACGGUCACUGA